GAAAUAAAUUCUUCCGAAGGGAAUAAAAAUGAUACAGAAAGUGAUAAUUUAGAUUCUAUUGAGUCCGAAGAUAAAGAAAGCAAUUCAGAAUCAGAAUCUGAAAGUAAUAAUGAUAAUGAUAAAGAUAUUUUGGAUGAGAUCCUUGUAAUGAUGAGAGACUUAUUAGUUGAAACUGAAUUGAAUGUUG